GGGUGAGUGUAUUAGGAGUUUAGACAAGGGAGAAAGGAAAAAAGCAAAGGAACUGGAGGUUUUAGGGUGUGAAGAAUGUUGGCUGGUUGUUCUUCUACAUUGUUGUCACCAAGGCAUAGAUUGAGGAGUGAAGCAUCUGCACAGUUUCAAGCUUGCCAUAUCCCUGCCAUGAGCACACAGAGGUUGGAUUUGCCAUGUAGCUUCGGUCGGAAAGAGGCGUCGCGGCGGCAGCCAGUUAGGCAGGUUGGGAUUUCAGUUGAUAAGGGUAAUGAGUCCAAGAGUUCUCUGAGGCAGAACAUCAAGCUCCCUCCUGUUGCAGCAGAGAGAGGGGGUGAGUUUUGGGGGAGGAGUAAGAAGAGAUAUGCAGCUACAGAUGAAGGGAGUACUUACAUGGGCAGAGUGAAGAAGAGGAAAAAUGGCAAUGGGAAAUGUGCAGAGGAAACGGGUCAGUUUAUGAGCAGUGAAGAUUUCUGGUACCAUGCUAAUGCACCUCAGGUGCCUUUCUCUGUCUCAUGCUCAGGUGAGGAGGAAGGGGAAAGAGGGUGCUUUGACCCACCUCCUCUCCCGCCGUUGUCUAGCAUCCCUUGGUUUGAUUCUGUUGUUACUGAGGUUACUGAUACAGGGAAGUCUAAGGAUGUGCAUCCUCAAAAGGAGGUCUCAGCCUCGGGUUCUUCGAGCACUUCCUCGGGUAGUCAUGGCCUAGCUCUUGGGUUGGGCAGUAGUAACCCCACGGUCGAGCGUGAGGCUGCUGGCAAUGGCUCGUCUUCUCGCAAUCCGAGCGAGGUUGUGGCGGGGCACAAUGGGAGUAGCCAAAGGGAGCAUGAGUGUGUCGAGUUGAUCAACUUAGUUGUGGCUUGUGUUGAGCAAAUAGGAUCCAAGAACAUUGCUGCAGUCAGCCAUUGCCUCGCUAGGCUAGGCGAGCUUGCCUCGCCACAAGGCUCCCCUCUACACCGCCUCAUCGCCUACUUCACCGAGGCCUUGGCCCUGCGCGUUGCAAGGCUAUGGCCUCAAGUGUUCCACAUCACGCCUCCUCGUGAGCUUGAGCACGUAGAUGAUGAUGCAUUGAGGGUCUUAAAUCAAGUGAGCCCGAUCACCAAGUUCGUGCAUUUUACCUGCAACGAGAUCCUGCUGAGGGCGUUGGAAGGGAAGGACAGGGUUCACAUCAUUGAUUUUGACAUCAAGCAAGGGCUACAGUGGCCUAGUUUGUUCCAGAGCUUGGCCUCUAGAGCAAGCCCACCGAGCCACGUGAGGAUCACAGGCAUUGGUGAGUCGAAGCAGGAGCUGAUGGAGACAGGGGAUAGGCUAGCUGGUUUUGCUGAGGCGUUUAAUCUCCCCUUUCAGUUCCAUCCAGUGGUUGAUAGGCUAGAGGAUGUGAGGCUUUGGAUGCUUCAUGUGAAGGAGAAGGAGACAGUGGUGGCGAACUGCGUGUUUCAGCUGCAUAAGAUGCUAUACGAAGGCAGCGCGUUGAGAGAGUUUUUGGGGUUGAUCAGAAGCAGCAAUGCUCAAGUGGUUGUAAUGGCAGAGCAGGAAGCAGCACACAAUGAGGCCACUCUGGAUGCGAGGCUUUUCAAUUCACUCAAGUACUACUCGGCCGUGUUUGACUCCAUUGAUUCGAGCCUCCCCUUGGAGAGUCCGGCAAGGAUGAAGAUGGAAGAGAUGUUCGGGCGGGAGAUAAGGAACAUCAUAGGUUGUGAGGGGCGACAACGGUUUGAGAGGCAUGAGAAGUUUGACAAGUGGCAGCAGCUAAUGGAGCAAGGAGGGUUUCGUUGCGUUGGUGUUAGUGAAAGAGAGCUGCUUCAAGGGCAGAUGAUGUUGAAGAUGUACUCUUCUAACCACAAUUAUAGGGUGGAAGUGCAGCAAGGGUCGUCCUCGUCCUCAUCCGCGUCACUGACCCUGAGCUGGUCGGAUCAGCCUCUUUACGCAGUGUCAGCAUGGGCUCCGGUUAAUGGUGGUGGAGGCUCAUCGUCGUCGUUGCCUCGUUGAUGGUGGUGGUGGUCGUCGUCAGUCAUUCUUUUAAACAGAAACAGAUACAAUUGAUUCUUUGUAGGUAGAAAAAUGAUAUUGAUCAUUCUUUCAUUCGUUGCAGAUAUCAUUUGCUUUGAGGUAGUCAUGAGAUAUAAUUUAAUGCUACAUAGGUUUGUAGUUUUGUUUGGUUUAUAUUCUUUGAUUCGUUUCUAUGUAUUUGUUGCAUUUAGUGAUCAAUGUAUUUUUUUUCAAGAUUAUAGAGGCUGUCAUAUGUAAUAACAUGAUUAAUGGAAAAGUUGAAUGUUGGUUUU